AUGAAGCCUCUCCUCUCCGACUUUGAACGCGCGGCUUUUGGUCUGCCCCUCCUCAACGCGACUGCAUUAGUCGAAGGCAAGCUUCUGCUGUUGUGUUGCCUUGGACUUGCGCUUACCCUUUCUUUAGUUUCCCAACGGUGGCCCCCGACUUCCCGCGCCAUCAACUUUCUACUCCCUUCCGUGUGGCGACAUGCUCUCGCCAGCCAUUGGCUUGGCGGCAACGCUGUUGUUAUCCGUUUGGCCACCAAACUUCUUGUGUUCACCCCCCCGCCGUCUCCUCCCAUCCUGAUGUUGCAAGAGCGGCCAAACCUGUGCCCCGACGCGGAACCACUGCUGAUUCGUGGAUUUCAUCGGACUGAGAGGGGGAACCUCUGCUCGGACGCGGCAUUCUUCGCUGCUCUCUUUGUGGACCGUAACCUUGCACAUUGGAGCAACCUCUCCUUGUGUGUCACUGUCCUUGCUCGUGGACGAGCCCCACCAACAACAACGCCGGCUUGCGAACUCUUCCCAGAGGGUGUACCUCUGCUCGGAGGUCCUGUCCGGCUCAGCCUUGGUAUCUUCAUUGUCCCGGCGCGGGCAGUAAUUCGUUGCCGCUUCCAUUCUCGCAAGUCAGAGGGUGAACCUCUGCUCGCGCACUACUGAUCGUUUGCGGCCGGAGGCCAAGACAGCCGCCAGGACUGUCAACCACUUUCGUCCGGCAUAGUGCUCUGCCACUAUUCACAACUCGGGACUGAUCCACGCCGCUUUUCUUGUUGUAAGUUGUUUCUGUCGUCGGAAUGUGAUGCAGUACUGAAGUUUGGCUUAGCUGUUGUCGAGCGUGACACUGCACGGAGGGGGAACCUCUGCUCGCGCUUGUAAGUCAUUGCUUCUCCUUGUCUAUUCUAUUGUGCUGACGCCAAGCUUAGAUUUGUUGUUGCCUGUGAUGCUUGCCUGCAGGGGCAACCUUUGCCGGUGCGGGGGAACCUAUGCUGGUAUGUUCUCAUUUUGCUUUGCUGCGGCACAUGUUAUUGAUCUUAUAUCCCAAGGCUCCAUUUCGCUGCCUCAGCGCGGGAUUUCGAGGCGAUACUUGGCUGA